AUGGCUUCCAUCACAACAGACGCCAUAGACUUCACAGUCAUAGCUGAGGCUCAACGAUCGGAUGGAGAACUCUCCCAAAGUCGCCACGAGGACUCUUAUUUACGUCUUCAAGAUGUCCCUCUUCCCACUGGCACUGGCACUAUAACGUGCGACCUUUCUACUGGACAUGAGCGUCCUUUUGUCCCUGCAACUUUACGACGACAAGUGUUCAACGGCCUUCACAAUCUAUCCCACCCUGGAGUCCGGGCGACAGUGAAACUCAUCACUGACCGAUUCGUCUGGCCCAACAUCAACCGGCAUGUACGGCGUUGGACCCGAUCCUGUCUGUCAUGUCAGCGAGCCAAAACGCAUCGGCAUACUAUUACUCUACCAGGUACUUUCGAAACUCCUGAUGCACGCUUCAGUCAUGUGCACAUUGACCUGGUAGGUCAGCUACCACCAUCUAACGGUUCUACCUAUACACUGACAUGUAUUGAUCGCUUUACUCGGUGGCCGGUUGCUGCGCCCAUUCCGGACAUCAGUGUCGAAACCGUUGCAAAAGCUUUCCUGACUCAUUGGGUGUCCAAUUUGGGAGUUCCUGCGACUGUCACCACUGACCGCGGAUCCCAAUUCGAGUCCACUCUGUUUCGCGAACUCACAUCCAUUCUCGGUAUCAACGGAAUCCGAACAACAGCGUACCACCCUCAAGCAAAUGGUCUCGUCGAACGCUUCCAUCGACAGCUCAAGACUUUCCUUAUGGCCCAGCCCGAUCCUUCCGGAUGGUCUGAUCACCUUCUUCCGGUGCUGUUGUCCCUCCGUUCCACUCUCAAGGCCGACAUCGGUUGCACUGCGGCUGAUCUUGUCUACGGAACCUCCCUAAGACUGCCCGGUGUGUUAGUGUCUCCCUCAAGCAUGCUAAAGUUUUUCGAACGUUACAGUUAUGUGGAGCAGCUGCGUAGCGUCAUGCGCUUUCUCCGCGAAACGCCCCCUCGGGCGUCACCGGCCAAUUCCUUCAUCCCACCCGACCUGGAUAAGUGCGAUUUCGUCUGA